AAGCAGUUAGAAGAAUUGAAGUCCCCACGCCUAGUGAAAACCCAUCUGCCAGUGGAACUCCUUCCUUCCUCUCUGUGGAAGAAUGACUGUAAGAUGAUCUAUGUAGCACGGAAUGCUAAGGAUGUUGCUGUCUCUUACUAUUAUUUUCAUAAGAUGGCAAAAAUAUUCCCAGAGCCUGGUACUUGGGAGGAGUUUUUGGAGAAAUUCAUGACUGGAAAAGUGAGUUUUGGUUCCUGGUAUGACCAUGUGAAGGGCUGGUGGGAGAAGAAGAAGGACUACCGUAUCCUCUACCUCUUCUAUGAAGAUAUGAAGGAGGAUGCAAAAGGUGAGUUAUUGAAAAUACUGAAAUUCUUGGGAAAGGAUUUCCCAGAAGAGAUUGUGAAUAAAAUCUUCUAUCACACCUCCUUCGAGAUAAUGAAAAACAACCCAACAGCCAAUUAUACCAUGGCACCCAAAAUGGACCACAAAAUAUCUCCUUUUAUGAGAAAGGGGAUUUCAGGUGACUGGAAGAAUCAUUUCACCGUAGCCCAGUAUGAGAGAUUCGAAAAACAUUAUAACCAACAAAUGGAAGGUACUACAUUGAAGUUUCGAUCUGAGAUCUAAGGAAUGUCUCUUCUCCCUCCAAACUUCUGAAAUGUUUUGCAAGAAGAAAAACACCUAGCGAUAAUAUGUAUAGGCUUUGAGCUUCUGCAAGUGCAUGGUUUAGCAUUUUAUAAAGAUAUUACUGAGAAAAGUCCUAAGCAUUUAAAUCAGAAGAUGUAAAGAAUGAUUGUCCAAGAUUUCCUAAUAAACUGUCUGCUCAAAUGUUUAUAUUAUCUUAAAGAAUUAAAUCAUGAAACAAUGAUUUUAAAAGCACCCAAUUACACAUUUUCCGAUUGUACAAUGUUGUAACUAGAGUUGAACAAUGGGUCCUUGUCCAGAAUCAAAA